CGCGCUUCCCCGGGACCCGCUCGGGAAAAGCCCUCCACCGGAAAGGACCUCUCAGUCUGCUCGCGACGCACGCGCCAUCCAGGAUGUCCCGGACCGACGAGGUGCACCGUAUCACGGAGAAUGUCUACAAGUCCAUCAUGGAGCAGUUCAACCCCUGCUUGAGGAACUUCAUCGCCAUGGGAAAGAGCUACGAGAAGGCGCUGACCAGUGUCACAUAUGCUGCAAAGGGCUACUUCGACGCUCUGGUGCGGAUGGGCGAGAUGGCCAGCGAAAGUCAAGGCUCUAAGGAUCUUGGGGAGGUGCUGUUUCAGAUGGCCGAGGUGCACCGACAGAUCCAGAUCCAGCUGGAGGAGAUGCUGAAGUCGUUCCACAACGAGCUGCUCACAGAGCUGGAGAAGAAGGUGGAGCUGGACGCGCGCUACCUGAACGCCGCGCUGAAGAAGUACCAGACGGAGCACAAGGGCAAAGGGGAGAGCCUGGAGAAGUGCCAGGCGGAGCUGAAGAAACUACGCAGGAAGAGCCAGGGCAGCAAGCACCCGUCCAAGUACGGAGACAAGGAGAUGCAGUACGUGGAGGCCAUCAGCAACAAGCAGAGCGAGCUGGACAACUACAUCGCCGAGGGCUACAAGAACGCGCUGUCCGAGGAGAGGAGGAGGUACUGCUUCCUGGUGGACCGCCAGUGUGCCGUGGCCAAGAACAGCAGCGUGUACCACAGCAAGGGGAAGGAGCUCCUGACCCAGAAGAUCCCGGGGUGGCAGCAGGCGUGUGCCGAGCCCAACAAGCUGCCCGACCGAGCCCUGUUCCUGGCCCAGCAGAUGAGCGGCCUGGCGGGCGCCAUGGUUCCCGGUGCUCAUCACCCGGGCCUCCCUGAGCCCGCCCCGGGUGCUAAGGCUCUGCCGGUGCCCCCGGAGCUGGCCGCCCUCCGGGCCGGGGCCAUGAGCCAGAGGAUGCUGGGAGGUGUGGAAGGAGGGAUGCCGGCGAUGAACGGCACCGCGGGCGCUCACGGAGGAGAGGACUACCAGCAGUGGAUGGAGGUCAAGGUGGCCCAGGGCAAGGCCUCGACGCAGCGGCACGGAGGGGAGGUCUACUCCAACACCCUGCCGGUGCGCAAGGCCGCCCCCGCCAAGAGCAAGACCCCCCUGACGGAGACCCGCACGCUGCCCCGGUCCAGCUCCAUGGCGGCGGGCCUGGAGAAGAACGGGAGGACCCGGGUCCAGGCCAUCUUCUCCCACGCGGCCGGAGACAACGGCACCCUGCUCAGCUUCUUCGAGGGCGACAUCGUCACCCUGCUGGUCCCCGAGGCCCGAGACGGGUGGCACUACGGAGAGAACGAGAAGACCAGGAUGCGUGGCUGGUUCCCCUUCUCCUACACGCGGGUGAUCUCUGAUGGCGACGCCAGCUCCACGAGGCAGCUCCGAGUCCACAACCUCCACGGGAAGAGCAGCAGCACAGGGAACCUCCUGGAGAGGGAGGACGUCCCCGUCCCCGAGUACGGCGUCCACGCCCGCAUGGCGGCGCAGAGCAGACAGCAACGGCCCUACAGCGUGGCCGUGCCCGGCUUCUCACAGCAAGUUGAAGAGUACGAGCCCCGCUUCCCCACAAGCUCCUCGGAGGGCAAGUUGAUUUCGACAGUGUGAAGACAGACAGACAGACUCAACCAGACGAUGUGAUAGGACAGGCACCUCGCUGGGCCCGCCCC